UAGCGAACGGACGCAGUUUCGACCGGCGCGCAGCGUAUGCUCGACGCGUAUGCGUGAAGUGUUAUUUUGUCCAAAAUACGUCGUGAAAAUACUGAAUUAAUUAUACAUGAUAGUGAUUUAUAAACUGGAUUUUUAAAAGAACCUCUUGAUUAAAACAGAUAGACUUCAAACUACAAACGCCAUUAUGACUAUGACAAAGUGGUGAAAACAAGGAUGUCUAACGGACUAGAAGCGUCGAGCGCACCCCGCGCGCUGGGGCGAGCGCACUUGUCCCAUCUACCACAACGGCCACCAGUCAACCUUAGCUUCCAGGACUUAACAUAUACAGUACAAAAUGGCAACAGUUCCAAGAUAAUCCUGCGCGGCAUCAGCGGAGAGUUCCGCUCGGGGCAGCUGACUGCGAUCCUGGGUCCCUCGGGCGCCGGGAAGAGCACACUGCUCAAUAUACUCGCCGGAUACAGAGUAAAUGGCGCAAGUGGCAUAGUAUCCACAAAUGGCGAGCCUCGCAACCUGCGUCAGUUCCGCAAGCUGUCCCGCUACAUCAUGCAGGAGGAUCUGUUGCAGCCCCUCAUCACGGUGCAGGAGGCCAUGCUGAUGGCCGCGGACCUCAAGCUUGGCAGCGCUCUCACCACCGAGAAGAAGCAAGUUGUGAUAGAGGAGAUAGUCCAACUGCUGAGGUUGGGUAAGGCGAGGAAUACGGUGACAGAGAGGCUCUCAGGCGGCGAGAGGAAGAGACUGUCCAUAGCUCUGGAACUCCUGAAUAACCCCCCUGUUGUAUUCCUGGAUGAACCUACUACCGGCCUAGAUGAUGUAGCGUCAUCGACGUGCGUGUCUCUCCUCAAGCGGGUGGCUCGGGGCGGUAGGACAGUCAUCUGUUCCCUCCACACGCCCUCAGCGCGCCUGUUCGCAGAGUUCGACCAUGUGUAUGUGGUUGCUGAUGGCCGAUGUGGCUACCAAGGCACCUCGUCUGGAGUGGUUCCGUUCCUCAAUGAGUUGCAGCUGCCUUGCCCUACUACUUAUAAUCCUGCUGAUUUUGUGAUAGAAGUAUCAAGUGGCGAGUAUGGUCACCACGUUGACAGAAUGGUAGCCGCGGUGGAAAACGGUCGGUGCCAACGGUGGAGAGACUACGAAGUCCAAGAACCUACGUACGGGGAGAUGGACAUAGAGCAAUUGAACACUGGAGGCGUCGAGAAGCAUAGCUAUCGGUACGGCAGCACCGGCUGUCAGCAGUUCUUUGUGCUGCUGAAGAGGAUGCUUCUGCAGACUGUUAGGAAUAGGGAUUACUUAUGGCUCCGCGUGGGUCUCCACCUGUUCCUGGGCAUCAUCGUGGCGGCCCUCUUCGCCGACAUGGGCCAGGACGCCUCUAAGACCAUCUUCAACUUUGGUUUCUGCUACGCCUGCAUCAUCGCCAUGCUGUACACCACUAUGAUGCCUAUAUUGUUAGCUUUCCCAUCAGAAGUGCAGCUAGUUAAGCGCGAAUACUUCAACCGCUGGUAUGGCCUCAAGCCCUACUACGCCGCACUAGUAGUAUCAAGAACUCCAGCCACCAUCUUCUUCAGCCUCAUAUACUUGUCCAUCACCUACCCUAUGACGUCUCAGCCCAUGGAACUACCUAGAAUAUUGAUGUUUACGACGAUCUGUAUCAUGGUCGCGCUGAUAUCCGAGUCCAUGGGUACUGUCAUUUCGUCCACUUUGAGUGUUGUUAAUUCAGUCUUCACAGGCCCAUGCCUAAGUGUGCCUCUAAUGUUACUAGCAGUCUACGGCAUCGGAAGCGGUGAUGAACCUCCUCCCUUCAUCUGGAAGUUGGCUAGAUCCUGUUCCUACAUGAGAUAUGGACUGGAAGGUCUAGUAGCCGCCGUGUAUGGACCUCCAAGGGCUGAUCUACCAUGUCCUGAUCAUAUUGACUAUUGCGAGUACAAGAAUGUUGCGUACUUCGUCAAACUGAUGGGUAUGUCGGGCGUAUCAUUCUGGGUGGACUUCGCAGUUCUAUGCGGGAUGUUGGUGGCGAUGAACCUAGCUGGAUACUAUCUGCUGAGACAGAGACUUUCCCCCAAUUAUGCUUUCAGAGCCAUCAAAGUUAUAGGCAGGUUUAUUAAGACUAAGAUGAGUAUUUCCAACCACUGAAUGAAGUUCAUUACAGACGGUGAUGGCAUUAAAUACUACGUUUUAUCUUUAGAUUUUUGAAGUACGAAAGAGAAGAUUAUCUUUCUUUCUCACUCCCUCUUGUGUGCGUUAUUGCAAGAUCUCCCCUUACUACUCCUCUUAGUACUUUCUUCUGGGUGAAAAUGGAAUAUCCUAUGUGGAUUGUUUUUUGCGAAUUAUUCAGGUUCCACGUCUACUGAAGCAAUCAUCAUCACUAAUAUAAGAGCCACGCUCUUGUCGACGUAGCAUUCUCCAUGCUAUUUUUUUAGGGAAAAAAUAGAACAGUGGUUUCCCUCUUGUCUUCUGUCUAAUAAAUGUCCGAACAAUCUGGUCAAGACGUCGCUAAGGAGCACAAAAUACUAUUUUUUAUUGCCGCAAUAUAAUUGGCAUCAUGGUUUGAAAAUUCCAAUGUCAAAGUUAACACAUAACCUCACGACUAUACUAGGGUAGUCAGGUACAUCCAUCGCAAGAUGAACCAAGUACCCACACCUCAUCGAGCAUUCUGUUAGACCAACGUGAUAAGUGGUGAGCUAUCAUCAUCACCAGCCCAUUAACGUCCCCACUGCUGGGGCACGGGCCUUCCCUAUGGAUGGAUAGGGAGAUCAGGCCUUAAACCACCACGCGGGCCCAGUGCGGAUUGGUGGUUAUUAACGACUGCUAAUGCAGCCGGGACCAACGGCUUAACGUGCCUUCCGAAGCACGGAGGAGCUUGAGAUGAAAACUUUUUUUUUGUGGUCACCCAUCCUAAGACCAGCCUUUGCGAAAGUUGCUUAACAUUAACAAUCGUAGACCGAGCGCGUUUACCGCUGCGCCACCGAGCGAGCUGGU